GGUGACUGCCACUGGCACGAUAAGCCCUUCCUCUCAUCGGCUGUCGCGCUCGUUCAACAUCACCUUAUCCGACAAACAGACAUCUCCCUUCUACGUGCCUUCUCUCAAGCUGUUGCACUGGUGCUUCGCCGACCAUGGACGCCUCCGACUUCGGCCGUUAUGGGACGUUGUACCUGCUGAAACGACACGAGCCUGACGCGAUCGUGGCACCCUAUCCCAUUGAUGAACCUGAAAUCACCCUAGGGCGCGACACCUCCUGCAGCAUCAGGCUGUACUACGCUGAAGUGAGCGCGGUGCACUGUAAGGUGGUCUUUAACGACGAGGGAAAGGCCUUCGUAGUUGUUUUUGGCACCAACGGCCUCCUGAUCGACGACUGUCCCGUAUACCCCUCCCCCGCGGGCAACGCCCCCGCCACCGUCCCGCUCCCGAACAACUCCAUCCUCGAGGUGCAAAAGAAGCGUUUCCGCUUCGCCUACCCACCCAAGCACCUCCGCACCACCCUCGCCGCUAUCCCGCCGACCCCCAUCACGACCCCCGGCACACGCCGCCGAGCCCUCCGCAUGAGCAUGAUCACGAGCGCGAAGGUGUUCAGCCCCCGCCCGUUCGAGGACCCCCGGCGCAACCUCGAGAUCUUACAGAGCCCGCUGAAGACGGUGUUCAAGCCCGAGCCAGAGUCUGACGACGAGGACGCUGAGCACGAAGACGACGAGGAGGGCAGGCAGAACGAUGAGACCGAGGCCCCGGAGGAUAUCAUCCUCGUCGAAUCAGACCAUCCGCGCGUCAUGGAGUCCGAGAAGGACCUGGUCAUCCUCGACCACGUCACCGUGACCGACCCGCCCCCGUCCGCUGCCCCCUCCCCGUACCGCGCGUCGUCGUACGCGUCGCCAGCGCGCCAACCCCGCGCAGUCCAGAUGCCCGUGCCCCCGCAGAACUGGGCGCCUCCCCGCACGCCGGCGCGCCGCAUGCCUAGGGCGUCGCUCCAUCGCGCGGUCCUCAUACGCUCCGCACAGCGGGCCGCGCUGAAGCACGAGAUGCAGCGCGAGGAGGAAUUGGACGCGGAGGAGGUGGAGAGCAUCAUGGGCGACGAUGAAGGCGAGGGCGGCGUUCGGGGGAUGGAGGACGUCGUGGAAGAGUAUGAGGAGGGGGAGGUGCAGGUGAAGGAGGAGGAUGAGCAACAGCGGAGAAGGACGCCGAUGAGUGGGUGGAGGAAGAGCUUGGAGGCGGUGAAGGGCGGGCUUGGAUGGGCUUUCAGAGCCGCGAGCGUCGAGGCGGAGACGGGACCUGCUGAAGAUAUCCCUCAAGAAGAACCGCAACCUGCGGGAGACGUCCGAGAUGACACACACGACGAAGAUAUGUCCGAUGAGCAGCUUGAGGACCCAUACCCCAACUACGACCAGGAAAAUGCCAAUGACGAAGAGCAAGACUACAUGACUACCGAAGAUAUGGAGAUUUCCGAGAACAUAUACCCAAAUAUUCAAGAAGAACUCGAACAAGCCAAAGCCGGCCCCUCUACCCCCGAGCCCUCCGCCGCGCCUGUGCGGCCUCUAGGCAGGUUCAUGACCCCGCAGGCGUCCUCCACAUUCUCGCGCCCUGCUGCACAGGGCCGCUACUCGAUCGGUGGGCCUGCCCCCAAUAAUCUCAGCAGUUCGGUAUCUGGUACCGGCGCGGGCCCGCGCCGCGUGCGUCUCAUAGAGCCAUGGAAGGUCUCAGACAUCGUCGUGCCGACUACUCAGGAAGAGGUCAAAAAGGAAGAGGAGAAUGUGAAGGAGGAGCGAGAGCAGAGCGUGGCACCGGGUUCUGCCCUGACAGGGACGCCUAGGAGGGAUCGCGUGACCGAGGAAGAGAAACGCGCUAUCCGGGAGCGGAGGAAGUCAGCCCUCACAACGCCCGACAACUUCUUCAACGGACAGGCACCUGGGUUCCGGCGGGCGUCCACCGCCGCCUCCGCGCCCCUCCCUGCGCUCUUCCCCACAGCGCAGAGUACCUCGCCCAAGAAGGACCCCGGCGCCACCCUCAAGACGGAAGAUGGUGCGACCGCGGGGGCAGAGGAAGACGCCAGCGUGCUGCUCGCGCGCAUGCGGCAGAUGGUGGAGGGCGUCAGGCGCAGGCAGAGCAUGGAGGUCGGCGCCGGGGAGUCGCCGCGCAGGAAGUCGCUCAGCCCGCGCAAGCGCAACGGUUUCUCGCUGCUUGCGCCUGAAUUAGGAGCGCAACGUCAGGGCGAGGAUGCUAUUAUGGAGGAACAAGAGGAGGUGGGUGAAGGCGUCGGGUAUGGCGAACAGGCGGACGAUGAUUUCCUCCCUGUGUCGACGGCGCCGAGACAAGCGGGCACCCCGCGGAUGAACGACCUUCGCCACUUGUUUGCGGCACCUGGUCCGUCUGCGACGCCGCAGCUGACGGGAGUGCGAGAGAUGUUCCACCGCGAGAAGCGUGCGGCGGGUGUGCCGGACGAUGCGCUAGAAGGUGUUGGAGAGAUGAUGACUACGCCGGUGGGAUGGCGUCCCAGGACCGUGGAUCAGGCUGAAGGCGAUGUGCAAGAGGAUGAUGACAUUCAUGAGGAAGAAUUAGCGCCGGCAGUCCCUUCGCGCACAGCGAAAGGCAAGGGUGUCGCUUCGAGACGGACACCGCGAAGCGCUGCCACUCAAAAACCGACACCGGCGAGUAACCUCGCUACAGUGGCAGAGGACGAUGCAGCCACUUCUGCUGAAGCCCGACCCAAUGCAGCACGUGUCGUGCGCCGGACAAGGACGCGCACUGUGGAGAGUGACCAGGAGAGUACUGGCACUAGCAUUCCUCGUGCGGCGCGCUCCGGCCACGCGCGGACAGAAGAAGAGGACGAGGUUCCUGAACUGCCGACACGGACUAAGUCAGCUGCCCGAAAGAAAGCGGGGACGGCGACUGAUGCUAGCGAAGAUGAAGCGGGUCCUGGUAGUAGCAAGCCCGUCCGUCGUAGCACUCGCGCAGCCAGCGCAGAACCCGAAGCUGCACGAAAGACGCCGGCAAGCACGGCAGCAUCUGCACGUCGGACACGUGUGACGAGGACGCCCGUCCCUGAGGAGCCAGUUGUCACUGCUCCCAAGGCCAGUACAACUCGUCGUGGUGCCCGAGGCAAGGCUGCCAAAACGGCUGUGGCUGUCAGUGACAAUGACGAGGAUCCUCUGGACUCCCUCACACCAGGGGAAGCGCCGCCUGCGGCCGCCAAGGUGCGCCGCACCGGGCGAAGCCGCAUACCCGCUGGCGCUGUCAAGGAGGAGGACGAUAGCCCGGCUGUCCUCCCUGCAUCUGACGAUGACUCUGCAGCACCACCGGCUCGUACCGCGCGCGGACGGAAGGUGGCCGGAACGUCGAAAGCCGCAGCGUCAUCCGGCGCGAAUAAGAGCGCCACACGUUCUCGCGCAGGAACAUCCACGAAGAAGGCAGCCCCAGAGGUGCCUAGCUCUGGCAAGUCCACACCCACCACAGGUGAAGAAGAGGACGGUCACGCGGGCGAUAAGGAGAACACCCCUGAGCCGCAGACAGAGGACGAUGUGCCUGCCGUCGCGCCUGCCACGAAAACCAAGGGAAAGUCUGCACCUGCGUCAGGUUCGAAGGCGAAGGUUCCCAGGAGUGUCGCGAAGACGGGUAGAGGGACGGAGGGGCCUGCGGGUCCUAUUGCGGAUGGCGCUGUGAAGACGCGAGUGAGCAGGAAGAGGGUGACUACGGCCAGCAAGUCCUGAGGCCUCAGGCCUGAGCGGUAGUGCGAUUCUAUGAGGCUUGGACUACCUUCAUUGAACGUCGUCAUUUGUCGUCAUUUCUGUAACCUCGAAUAGCACAUUAUCUCAUGUUGCUGCAUCGGUGCAGUAAUAUUCUAUUGUU